UCUAAGUUCUUCACCGGCAGUCCUAUUUUUGCAAAUUUCCCGUGAAAGAAUUAUCCACAUCCUGCUUGUGCAUUCGAAGCAAUGCCCUCGAGCAUCCGAUUUGGAAAUCUUCGCUGGUUUCAACGCCCAAUCGUCACUAUAUUCAAUCGCCUAAGCAUAACCAAGCUCAAAUUAUCCAAGUUCUCUUCGCCCGAGGCUUCGUGUUGCUCAGAUGAAGACCUUUGUGAUUUUCUGCCAUGGUUGGAGCGAAAGGCAGGGGCUGAGAUUUCGUCGGUGCUUUCAAUAGGAAAAUCAGCUUACGGCAGAGAUAUUGGGAUUGUGUUGCCAUUUGAUAUAUGCCAUGACUGUAGGUCAUUGUUUGCUUCAAAGUCAAUACAAACUGGGGAUUGCAUGUUAAAGGUUCCUUACAGUGUGCAAAUAGCACCAGAUAAUCUCCUACCAGAAAUUAAUUCUUUGUUACCUGAUGAAGUUGGCAAUGUUGCAAAACUUGCCAUAAUAAUCCUAGCUGAGCAGAAAUUGGGUCAGCAGUCUGAAUGGGCUCCUUAUAUAAGCCAUCUUCCGCGGCCUGGUGAAAUUCACAACACAAUAUUCUGGAGUGAAAUGGAGUUGGAGAUGAUUAAGACAAGCUUGGUAUACCAAGAAACGAUUAAAAAGAAUCUUCACAUUGAAAAUGAAUUUUUGGCAGUUAAACCAAUUUUUGAUUACUUCCCUGAAACUUUUGAUGGCAUCAGAUUUGAUGGUUUUCGACAUGCAUAUGCUUUAGUUGAAUCUCGGGCAUGGAUAAGCACAAGGGGUGUAUCUCUGAUUCCUUUUGCAGAUUUUUUAAAUCAUGAUGGUAGUGCAGAGGCAAUUGUAUUAAGUGACGAAGGCAAAAAACACUCGGAGGUGUCUGCAUCCACCCCUCUCUCCAUAUAUUAUUGUCCUUGUGUUAUUGCUGACCGUGAAUAUGAGCCUGGUGAUCAGGUUGUGAUAAGAUAUGGUAAAUUUUCGAAUGGAACUCUCCUGUUGGACUUUGGGUUUACACUUCGUCACAACAUUUAUGAUGAGGUUCAAAUUCAGGUCAAUAUACCUCAUCAUGAUCCUCUGUGGCCAAAAAAGUUGGAGCUUCUGCAGCUGCAUUGUACACCAGCCAUUGAAAAUGAUAACGGCUUCAGCUCUUCUCAAGAUUCCUUCAAAAUCAAGGAAGUCAAGUCUGCAAAAGGAAGAGGAAGAGGCAUUCCACAAUCACUUCGUGCCUUUGCUCGUGUUCUAUGUUUGACUUCUUUUGAAGAGUUGAGUGAUUUAGCUGUCGAAGCUGCACAAAGUGAUGGUCGGUUGGCUCGUCAUCCUUUAAAGAACAAAAGCAGAGAGAUUGAAGCACAUCGAUUCUUGCUUGCACAGAUCAGUCGUUUGAUGGAGGAGCAUAGCGUGUCUAUUGAGUCAAUGGGGCCUCCCAGCUCGUCCGUCAGUUUUGAUAAAGCUGCUCUUAGGAGACGAAUGGCUCGUGAUCUCCUGACCGGCGAGCUUCGGGUCCUUAAAUCUGCUUCGGACUGGCUAGAAAACUACUGUGCCACAUUAUCAGAAUGCUGAGAAGUAGAAAACUGCUCAGCCCUGGUCCACAGAUUGCGAAGUUUUGCAUCUCAGCAUUUCAUAGAUGUUGGAUCAUGUUGCUCGAUCUGCAGAAGGCUAAACAUUGUGGGUUGGGGCAUGAUUUGCAAAGCAGAAGAAAACUUUCAUCUUCCAAUGCCAUUUUAGAGAAUUAGUAGGAGAUGCCUUUUCGUCUACUGCCCAUUGCAUCAUUGGCUUUUGUUGUAAAUUAUUUCUUGGACCAGCAAAGCAAAGGAGUUAUGCUUAGCUGUGAGUGAGGAAUUAAAUGGAGGCGUUUUAUGCUGCCAUCAAGCACAUAUAGUUAUAUUAAGCCCCCACUGGAUUGAUGUGAACUUGCACCAAUAGUUCUAUUUAUAUCUUUAGCUGGAACAACCAAACUGCAAUAUUCAUUAUUUCUAUUUGAUUUAUAAGACUCCGUUUGGUAGAUUACGUUUAUAUUGUGAGAUUCGCACUGCAAUUUGUCUUUCAAUGGCAAGUGUCGGUCAUCGAGUGGCCGAACCAACCCCUACGACAGAUCUAGUGCAAAAAA